UGUACUUAGGUCAGUAAAUCACAAUGAGUUGGACAUUUGAAGGUGCACAAGCUGAGAUGUGUUAGAGGCUACACCUGUUAAAGACUGAGGUUCUAGUGUUAGAACAAAUUAUUUUUCACGUAUUUGGAUACUAGCAUCAUUUGGGGAAAUGAUUGGGAUAAGCUACACAUCUUCAUUCAUUUUGAUCCUGAGUCUGUCUCUUAUUUCAGAUAUCACUUCAUUUUCAUCUAGUGUUUAUGAAACAGCUACAGAUGAUCCUACAGCUAUAGAAGAUCCUACAGCUACAGUAAACUCCACUCAUGCACCAGAAAUUUCAACAACUAUUGAAAUCCUAGCAACCAGCAGCCCUUCAAGUACAGAAAAAACCUCUACAACUCCAGAUGAAAGUACAACAGGGAUUUCCAGUGGAACUUCAGGAGAUCCUACAACUACAGUCGACAACACUUCUGCACCAGAAAUUUCAACAACUACUGAAAUCCCAGCAACCAGCAGCCCUUCAACUACAGAAAAAACCUCUACAACUCCAGAUGAAAGUACAACAGGGAUUUCUGGUGGAACUUCAGGAGAUCCUACAACUACAGUCGACAACACUUCUGCACCAGAAAUUUCAACAACUAUUGAAAUCCCAGCAACCAGCAGCCCUUCAAGUACAGAAAAAACCUCUACAACUCCAGAUGAAAGUACAACAGGGAUUUCCGGUGGAACUUCAGGAGAUCCUACAACUACAGUCGACACCAGUCAUGCACCAGAAAUUUCAACAACUGUUGAAAUCCCAGCAACCAGCAGCCCUUCAAGUACAGAAAAAACCUCUACAACUCCAGAUGAAAGUACAACAGGGAUUUCCGGUGGAACUUCAGGAGAUCCUACAACUACAGUCGACAACACUUCUGCACCAGAAAUUUCAACAACUAUUGAAAUCCCAGCAACCAGCAGCCCUUCAAGUACAGAAAAAACCUCUACAACUCCAGAUGAAAGUACAACAGGGAUUUCCGGUGGAACUUCAGGAGAUCCUACAACUACAGUCGACACCAGUCAUGCACCAGAAAUUUCAACAACUGUUGAAAUCCCAGCAACCAGCAGCCCUUCAAGUACAGAAAAAACCUCUACAACUCCAGAUGAAAGUACAACAGGGAUUUCCGGUGGAACUUCAGGAGAUCCUACAACUACAGUCGACACCAGUCAUGCACCAGAAAUUUCAACAACUGUUGAAAUCCCAGCAACCAGCAGCCCUUCAAGUACAGAAAAAACCUCUACAACUCCAGAUGAAAGUACAACAGAGAUUUCCGGUGGAACUUCAGGAGAUCCUACAACUACAGUCGACAACACUUCUGCACCAGAAAUUUCAACAACUAUUGAAAUCCCAGCAACCAGCAGCCCUUCAAGUACAGAAAAAACCUCUACAACUCCAGAUGAAAGUACAACAGGGAUUUCCGGUGGAACUUCAGGAGAUCCUACAACUACAGUCGACAACACUUCUGCACCAAAAAUUUCAACAACUAUUGAAAUCCCAGCAACCAGCAGCCCUUCAAGUACAGAAAAAACCUCUACAACUCCAGAUGAAAGUACAACAGGGAUUUCCGGUGGAACUUCAGGAGAUCCUACAACUACAGUCGACACCAGUCAUGCACCAGAAAUUUCAACAACUGUUGAAAUCCCAGCAACCAGCAGCCCUUCAAGUACAGAAAAAACCUCUACAACUCCAGAUGAAAGUACAACAGGGAUUUCUGGUGUAACUUCAGGAGAUCCUACAACUACAGUCGACACCACUCAUGCACCAGAAAUUUCAACAACUAUUGAAAUCACAACAACCGGUGAAACUUCAAGUACAGCAGAAAGCACAACAGGGAUUUCUGGUGUAACUUCAGGAGAUCCUAUUACAGUUACGACAGAUUCUGCUAAAACAACAGAUGAUGCCAUCACUACAGCAUAUAUAGCGACAACUACAGGCGCAAUCGGGACUUCAGGAAUUGUUACCGCUUCAACUACUAAGGGUGACACAUCUACCGAAAAUAUUGACACAACUACAGGAGCUGUCACUUCUAUUUCUGCUAGUGUCACGAUUACAGAAGAUAUUGCUACAGGAGACACCAACUCCACACCAAAUCCUGCCUCAACUACAGCUGAUGUCACCACUCCAAAAGAUCCUGUUAUGACUACCGCAACAACACCAACAACAACACCACCAACAACAACAAGAUCUACUCAGUCAACGACUAAAACCACAACCUCCAAACCUAUUCAAUGUGAAAAUGGUGGAACUCCACAUCCAAACAACCUGGCUUGUAUCUGUCUGAGUGGUUAUACGGGGUUAUACUGCAGUAACGUUAACAAUGAAAUUGUCCAAGAGGUCAUUGACAGGGCAGUUCAAGUUGCAAUUGAAGUGAAUAAAGAGUUUACUCCUGAAUAUGAAAACUCAUCAUCUGAAAUAUAUAAAGAAUUUGUUGAUGAUUUCAUACUUAUGGUUGACCCCUUCUAUAGCGAAAUACCUAAUUUUGUGAGUGUGAAGAACAUAAGAAUAAGUGCUGGUGGACCGAUAAAAAAAAGGAAUAGAGGAAAAAUAAGCUUGCCUUUGAAUGAUACCCCACAAAGUCUGAAAGUUCAGCAUGAUGCUAUUUUUUCCAUUAAAAACGAUGAAAAUGCCAACGAUGAUUAUGAUGAUAUACUCAAAGAGGUGAAUGAGACUCUCCAAAGCUUAACAAACAUUUCAGGCGUAAAUUCUGUUGCUGCAUCACCGACUGAGCUAAAUGCCAAAGAGUUGUGUGCUGAGGCUAUAAAAAAUAUUACUGAAGACUUCCAAAAGCAUUAUGUUGGUGUUGUGGUGGGUGGCAAAGUGUUAUGUGUGACUUCAUGCAAUAACAAUCAUCCUGAACCAAAAGAGUGUUUGAACGAAGGCACCUGUGCAGUUUCUAAACAAGGUCCAUCCUGCUAUUGCCACCAAACUAAUGCUGAGUGGUACUUGGGAAAGGACUGCCAUUUCCAGGUGAACAAAGUUGGAUUAUAUGCCGGAUUGGGAACAGUGGCAGCCAUUGCAGUAAUAACUAUAGCAAUCCUGACAGUUUAUCUCGUGAGAAACAAACGGGUGGUAAAAAGGAAUAAAGACAUUAAGCAAGAGCUAGUGAAAGAAUGGUUAGAUGAUGACUUUGAGUGGCCACCACAAAACAAAAGAUCAUACACAGAUGGCACAUAUGAUAAUCCUGUAUACUCACAUAAGCAGGACAGUUUAGGAAAACCAGAUUUCUCUGCAGAUCGAUUCUACAACCCGAAUUUCUCACCUGAUCCUGAUAUUCAUCUCCGCUAUCUUCAGAGAGAUCAGCCUAUGAAAAUGGACAGACCUCAGAUCCGGUCAUCAUUUGAUAUUUAGUGUAAUCUUAAUGCGCAGAAUUUAACGUAAGUGGGGUGGCUCUGUUUGACAUAUUGAAUAUAUUUGUUGCUUUGAUGCUUUCAAAAUGUCCAGUAUUGAUGUAUUAAGCUCAAUUCAGUUGCAAAUAGAGUUCUAUUUGUACAAUACAAUUUAGCAGUAGUACAAUUGUGCAUAUAUUCUGUAUCUCAGAUGUGUGACAAACAUUGUCUGGACAUAUGUUUCAUUAGAUGAAGAGAAGCAGUGAAAUGCCCUGCUACACUUCAGAUAUAUUAUUAAAAUAAUGAAGGUAGCAAAAUAAGAAUAUAAUGUAGAACUAUAUAAUUUUACAGAUUUUACUUUGUUAGAGCUCCUUCAGGUGUCUUUGUGUUUUAUUAUUGUUGUUCAUUAUUACAUUGGAUUAAUCUUGGUUUGUUUUUUACAUAUUACAAAAUUACAUAUUGAUCACAAAUUAUUUAUUAACAUUACUCCACAAAUUAUUUAUUAUCAUUAAACUGCACACGUUUGUAAAUUGACCCUUGUUUAUGUUCAAAUAAAUAAAUAAAUAUCUAUUCUCAA